UUCCUUCCCGACCUCCGAUCCGGGCCGAGCAGGGUCCCGCGGAGGCGCCGACGUGGCGCAAGGCCUCCUGCCGACCCAGGGUCCGCAGCUGCCCUUAGCGAACCCGCGUGGGGCAGUUCUGUCUGGUGCUGGGAGGGAAACGGCGAAAGGCUGGGCGCUCCCUCGGGAGGCCAGAGUGGGGCCUGGAGUUCCCGUGGGGCCUAGUUCACCGGUGUGGCUGCGCGGCCAAUGAGCGCGCUCUGUGCCCGACGAUGCUCCGCCUCGCGGCCCUCCGCCCUCUCGCGGCGGACACUGGAUCCCGACGCGUCCUGACCGCACGGGUGGCGCGGCCUCGGGGCGCAAGGCCAUGGUACGCGGCAGAAUCUCCCGGCUCUCGGUCCGGGACGUGCGCUUCCCCACGUCGCUCGGGGGCCACGGCUCGGACGCCAUGCACACGGACCCUGACUACUCAGCUGCCUAUGUCGUCAUAGAAACUGAUGCAGAAGAUGGACUCAAGGGGUGUGGAAUCACCUUCACUCUGGGAAAAGGCACUGAAGUUGUUGUCUGUGCUGUGAAUGCCCUCGCACACCAUGUGCUCAACAAGGACCUCAAGGACAUUGUUGGUGACUUCAGAGGCUUCUAUAGGCAGCUCGCGAGUGAUGGGCAGCUCAGAUGGAUUGGUCCAGAGAAGGGUGUGGUGCACCUGGCGACAGCAGCCAUCCUAAAUGCAGUGUGGGACUUGUGGGCCAAGCAGGAGGGAAAGCCUGUCUGGAAGUUACUCGUGGACAUGGAUCCCAGGACGCUGGUGUCCUGCAUAGAUUUCAGGUACAUCACCGAUGUCCUGACUGAGGAGGAUGCCCUAGAAAUACUGCAGAAAGGUCAAGUUGGUAAAAAAGAAAGAGAGGAGCAAAUGCUGGCACAAGGCUACCCUGCUUAUACAACGUCGUGCGCCUGGCUGGGGUACUCAGAUGACACGUUGAAGCAGCUCUGCACCCAGGCACUGAAGGAUGGCUGGACACGGUUUAAAGUAAAGGUGGGUGCUGAUCUCCAGGAUGAUGAGCGAAGAUGCCAACUCAUCCGAGAUGUGAUUGGACCGGAGAAGACUUUGAUGAUGGAUGCCAACCAGCGCUGGGAUGUGCCUGAGGCAGUGGAGUGGAUGUCCAAGCUAGCCAAGUUCAAGCCAUUGUGGAUUGAGGAGCCAACCUCCCCUGAUGACAUUCUGGGGCAUGCCACCAUUUCCAAGGCACUGGUCCCAUUAGGAAUUGGUGUUGCCACAGGAGAACAGUGCCACAAUAGAGUGAUAUUUAAGCAACUCCUACAGGUGAAGGCCCUGCAAUUCCUCCAGAUUGACAGUUGCAGACUGGGCAGUAUCAAUGAGAACCUCUCAGUAUUGCUGAUGGCCAAAAAGUUUGAAAUUCCUGUUUGCCCCCAUGCUGGUGGAGUUGGCCUCUGUGAACUGGUGCAGCACCUGAUUAUAUUUGACUAUGUAUCAGUCUCGGCAAGCCUUAAAAACAGGAUGUGUGAGUAUGUUGACCACCUGCAUGAGCAUUUCAAGUAUCCUGUGGUGAUCCAGCGGGCUUCCUACAUGCCUCCCAAGGAUGCUGGCUACUCAACAGAAAUGAAGGAGGAAUCUGUAAAGAAACACCAAUAUCCAGAUGGUGAAGUUUGGAAGAAACUCCUUGCUGCUCAAGAAAAUUAACUGUACAGCCCCAACACUUUUU